UAAGACAAGAAACACACACACUUUGCUGCAGUGUUGCUUUACGCUCCAUCUUCCACACACUCGUCCUCUCCUCCCUCGUUAGACAUUUGUGUUUUCUGACGACUGGAUCUGGAUCAAACAUCCCCCCCUCACUCAGGAUGGGCUCCAGACUCCCCGGCCUGCUGCUGCUGCUCCUCGCCGACCUCCUGCUCUUCUGGAGGUGUGUCCGAGGAGAAUCGUCUUUCAUCAUCGACACUGUUGGCCUUACUGUCCAGCCACAAAACCAAGUCCAGAGCGGAACCCCGGUGAUAAUCCGCUGCCAGGUCAGUGUCAGCUUCAGCAACAUUUCUCACCUCCUUCACCAUUUCGAGAUCACACAGGACGGCGUUCCCAUCCACGUCUCUGACACCACAGAGGACUCUGUCUCUUACGGGCUGAACCCAGCCAGGGCAGCCGACUCUGGAAGUUACGAAUGUAGAGUCACGGUGAAGGACAAGAGCAAGGCCAGCUACAGCCAGAAACUGGACGUCUCAGGGCUACAGACCCCCACCCUGCAACUGAAUAAUGCAUCACCGUAUGAGAAUGAGGAGUUCAAAGCCUCCUGCAGUGCUCCAGAGGAGAAAGGACCGCUCAUAUUCAGUUUUUACCAAAGGUUCAUGGGCGGGGAGCCUCUAAGGAUAAAGAGGGUGUCGAGAACUGGAAAUUCCUCAGAGAUCGCUCUAAGUCUGAAGCACAUUGGAGACUGCUUCCUGUCCUGUGACUACGAAAUCCCUUUGGUUUCUGGGACCAGACGCUCCAACAGCAGCAAGGAGAUUCAAGUGCUCGUUCAAGUGCUCCACAUUACCCCAGUCAUGAACAUACUUCCCUCUUCUACAGUUCUUGAGGGGGAGGUAGUGGAGGUUCACUGUAGAGUAGUGAACAGUUUUCUGAGGAACGUUGAAUUAUUUCUGCUGUGGAAGAAGCAUAUUCUUCGAGAACAAAAAGGCUCAGCUCUUGUUCAUCGAUUUAAAACCCAAGCGGACAACUCCGGGGAGCUUAUUUGUAAGGCACAGUGGGGAAAUGUCCAAAAAGAGAGCUAUAAAACACUUACAGUCAAGGAGAUAUUUUCAAAGCCAAAGCUUUCUGUGCAGCCUACAGAACUAUUUGAAGGAGACAAUUUCGUUCUGAGAUGCAUCAUCUCUGUUUAUUUACCUGACAAGAUGGAGGUGAACAGGACGCAAUACAUCUACUACAAGGAUGGCAAGAAACUGAACAGUUCAGAGACGUAUAGUUCUGUGGGACACCCUAAAAACAACGGCAACUACAGCUGUGAAGCCCGGGUUUAUUCUCCUCUGGUUGACCAGCUUUUUAAAAGCAGCCAAAGCCUGCUUAUUACAGCCAAAGUUCUGGUUUCACAGCCCGUGCUGAGUGUGGUGGGGGGCACGUUGUGGUUAGGAAAGCCUUUUCAGCUCCUCUGUCACAGUGACAAAGGCACUCUUCCGAUCACAUACGUCCUGUUUGGUCCUGACAACCUACCUGAGCACAGGGUUGUGCGCGAGUCUGGCGAAAAGGCCAUCUUCAACUUGCCUCCAAUUUACAAGAGCUCAGACCUAAACAGUUUUCUGUGCCACGCUAGAAAUAGUCAACACAAGCCUCCUACGAUAAGCUCAGGAGAGCAUCUGCGGCACUCAACCCUUGUCAUCGAACCUGUUUCCAAACCUCUGUUGACCACUCAUCCCAAUACGGGGAGCAUCUCUGAGGGACAAACAUUGAGUCUCGUUUGCUCUGUCCAGAGAGGCAGCCCUCCCUUCAACUUCACCUGGUACCACAUGGAGACAGGCAGUGUACUCGCUUCCCUUUCUACCAAUAAACCAGAAAGUUCCCACAGCAUACAUGAUGUGAAGGCAAAGCACGGAGGAAGGUACUACUGUGAGAGCACAAAUGCUGCUGAUGAAAUAAAAAAAAGCACCUUUGUCCAGAUUGCAGUAAACUGGGCGAUUUGGAAGAAAGCUCUCAUCGUAAUCUUCUGCCUCCUUCUUUUGCUGACCGUGAUCCUUGUGGUUGCCUUUAAAAAACGUCUUCUGUGUAAGAAGAAAAGAUCCAUGAGUAUAGGAAACAAGCUUUCAGUGAGGACGGCCAGCACCAAACCAGAGAGGCUGAGCCUCACGCAGACAGAAGUUGCAGUCGCUAAUGCAACCCCAAGCAUGAUGGGAAAAAGUGUGUGGAGCGACCACGUAUCGGGCUCGGAGUCAGAUGACCAGAACAGCUCGAUCACCCACGAAAAGCAGGAAACUCAAUACACCGAGGUGCAAACCAGAGAUCCAGAUCCAAACAGAGCUCCGGUGAAGCAGGGCACAGACACGGUGUACAGCCAAGUACGCCUCUCCCAACAAGGUGUUCCAGAGGUGGUCGAUGGUGUUUCAGUGGAGUACGCACAGCUGAAUCAUGAUAAUGGUCAACACUGUGACAACAGUAACAAUGGUGACCACUGCACAGAAACUGACCAUGUAGCUGAGGCCGACAACAGCGUUAGCGUCAACACCGGUGACCAGGACGGAGGAGUGUGUGACUCACCUCCAGACUGUUAGCUCACUAAUGACAAGAUUUUUAUUUACUCAUCAUGUUUGUGCCGCUGGAGUUGUUGUCCUGAAAUAAACAGAAUUUUUACUUUG